AUGAAUUUCCUCUUUCAUCUACCAGCAAUUGCCGCCGGCCUUUUAGCUUUGCUGUUGGUCUACAAUCUCUGGAAGGCAAGGAUUCGUAAUAACAAUAAGGGCAAGUCUCCCCCGGAACCAUCAGGUGCUUGGCCUGUAAUAGGCCACCUCCAUCUACUAGGUGGCGAAAAAACAGUUUCCAGGACCUUAGGAGCCAUCGCCGAUAAAUAUGGUCCAAUCUUCACAAUCCGCCUUGGGAUGGACCGUGCACUUGUAAUUAGCAACUGGGAGGCCGUCAAGGAAUGCUUCACUACCAACGAUAGAGCCUUUGGUGCACGCCCAGUUUCUUCAGCAGGGAAGUACCUUGGUUACAACUAUGCAGGCUUUGGUUUUGUAUCUUGCGGUCCAUUCUGGCGAGAGAUGCGUAAGCUAGCACUGCUAGAAGUGCUAUCAGGUCGCAGGCUUGAGGCACUCAAGCAUGUUCGGGUAUCCGAGAUAGUUACAUCUAUCAAAUAUUUGUACUCAAUUUCCUCCAGGAAUGGAGAGAAACCCGCAGAGGUUGAAAUCAGUAAGUGGAUUGAAGAGUUGACUUUCAAUAUAAUUGUAAGGAUGAUUGCUGCAAUUGCCGCCGGCCUUUUAGCUUUGCUGUUGGUCUACAAUCUCUGGAAGGCAAGGAUUCGUAAUAACAAUAAGGGCAAGUCUCCCCCGGAACCAUCAGGUGCUUGGCCUGUAAUAGGCCACCUCCAUCUACUAGGUGGCGAAAAAACAGUUUCCAGGACCUUAGGAGCCAUCGCCGAUAAAUAUGGUCCAAUCUUCACAAUCCGCCUUGGGAUGGACCGUGCACUUGUAAUUAGCAACUGGGAGGCCGUCAAGGAAUGCUUCACUACCAACGAUAGAGCCUUUGGUGCACGCCCAGUUUCUUCAGCAGGGAAGUACCUUGGUUACAACUAUGCAGGCUUUGGUUUUGUAUCUUGCGGUCCAUUCUGGCGAGAGAUGCGUAAGCUAGCACUGCUAGAAGUGCUAUCAGGUCGCAGGCUUGAGGCACUCAAGCAUGUUCGGGUAUCCGAGAUAGUUACAUCUAUCAAAUAUUUGUACUCAAUUUCCUCCAGGAAUGGAGAGAAACCCGCAGAGGUUGUAAUCAGUAAGUGGAUUGAAGAGUUGACUUUCAAUAUAAUUGUAAGGAUGAUUGCUGGUAAGAGGUAUUUGGGUGGGGUUACAAAUGAUGUAGAAGAUGAAGCAGCAAGGCAUUUUAGAAGGGUCAUCAAGGAAUUCAUGUAUGUAUCUGGACAAUUUGUUCUCUCUGAUGCAAUUCCAUUUCCGUUACUAAGAUGGAUAGAUUGGAAAGGCCUUAUUAAGUCCAUGAAGCGUAUUUCCGAGGAAUUGGAUUCCAUUGUCGACGUUUGGAUUCAAGAGCAUAUCCAAAAAAGACUACUCGACAGUGAGCCUGCAGGCGAUGAGCAGCAGGAUUUCAUCGACGUGUUGCUUUCAGUACUCGAUGAUCAAUUCAUGUAUGGUCAUAAGCGUGAAACUAUUAUCAAGGCAACAAUACUGGUAUGUCUUCUAAUACAACUGCGUCGUUGA